ACCCUGUAAAUGCUAUUGUUGAACCGCUGAUGUUUUUUCUUGAAUUAAAUUAUUUAGGGUGCUUUUCCAGGUACCGUACUUUUCUUUCUUCAAGAAAGUACCGAAAGUAUGCUGACGUUUCCGCUGACGUAACAACUGAUACCGGCGUAGAAUGACGUCACAACGCGAGGCGGGGUAUUUUGGAUAUUUGAAACUGGGCGUUCGAUGGACUUUAAAAAACCCCGAAAAGCUGUAAAAAUUAUUAAGGCCCUGAAAAAUCUUUUUAAAAUAACAAAGAAUAUGUACCUCUCUUAAAAAUGUGAUUUGUAUUUGUUAUGUUUUUUACAUUAUGUUUGUAUACUGUUAAAAAAGGCAAUAAAAAUAAAUAAAUAUUUGAAACAGGGCUGUAGCAGACGUCCCAACUCUCCAGGAUGUUCCGUAGUCUCCUGCGUGUUGAUAGCGGUCCCCUGUCUCCCGCAAAUGAUAUACUUGGAUACUUGUGUUUUUUAAUGCGAAAGCGAGACCCUGGAGCUUAUGUAGAAUCUUUGGAGAAAGAGAGCGCGCGUUAGGGAGCCGAUGUCAAUAUAUGGGGGACUCCGGGAAAUUCCGGAGAGGUACAUUGGAUGUCUGCUGUAGGUACCAUACGGCUGGAUGAUGUGCGAUGUUAGUACCGACAUCGCAUGUUAUGAACUAGUCCACUACAUUAAAAAUGAAAUGGAAAAAGGAAAGUACCCAAAAGUACGGUGCCUGGUGUGGUUAUUGUCAUCAUGCUUAUAUUCGGUACUUUGUUAGAAUUUCGCACACCAGGCAACGUGAAAUAUUUCUCGAUGUACCCAGGCAUGGAUAAUGAGUUGUCGGACUUCGACCAGGGGCUGGGGGCGGAGAACGGCGAGAACGCCCCUGUGUACUGUGUCUGCCAUAAGCCAGACAUCAACUGCUUCAUGAUCGAUUGUGGCAACUGUAAUGAGUGGUUUCACGGUAACUGCAUUAAUGUCACGGAGAAGAUGGGAAAGACCAUCCAGGAGUGGUACUGCGAGAAGUGUCGGAGCAGAGAUGGCUCUUUGGAGAUCAAGUACCAUCCCAAGGAGAAUCAUAAAGAGACCGACCAAGAAAAGAUGGAGAAGCAACAUGUUACACCAAAUUUUAAGAUCAACUGGCGGAUGAAGCGUCAUAUGUGCGGUAAGUGUGAACCGUGCCGGCGCACAGAGGACUGCGCGCAGUGCGACUUCUGCAAGGACAUGAGGAGGUUUGGGGGUCCCAACAAGAUCCGACAGAAGUGCCGCCUGAGGCAGUGUGUGGUCCGGGCCAAGAAAGUACUGCGGGUUCGAGCAGUGGACAGGCUUGCUACUGGUAAUGCAUUUGAUGCCAUGGACCAGGAAAAAGUGCCUCCCAGUCCAACACUUUCCCCAUGUGCCAAAUCUAGGGCAAUUGCAGCCGAGUGGCAUCAUGGCACUCUGGACGGUACUGUCCUGGAUCAAGGGUCUGAGGAUGUCAUCUCUCCAGAUGAUCCUGAAACAGGGGUUGGAUGCCAGACUGAUCUGACUCUGUUUGAUUUGGGCGUCAUGGAAACGUGUAUCAGCUUUUUGACGUGUGGGCUAGACAGUGUGGAGGAUACCAAUCAAAGAUAUGGAGGAAACCAGAUACCUUGUAAAUCUCCAUAUUCUCGUAGAGAGAGUCUUCAGGAUUGUCUGGAGGAAAUAUUCAAUCUUGCCUGUUAGUUCACCUUUGGAAAUGUUAAAAAGAAAGAAGGCAAGAACAUGCCUUGCUUUAAAUCUGUUAGUCUGUCGUUCUAUUUGAGUGAGAAUUUUCUAGAAGUUAAAAUAUAAAGCAGCUUGUACUGGCAAACCAAAUAAUGGCCCACUUUAUUCAUGGUCCCGUUCUGAGGUUUGUUUCAUAUUCUGCUAUUAAAUAUAAGUCAGUGAGAAAUGCACUGCGUUUACUAAAUCAAAGGCUCCAAGAAUACAUCCAUCCAUUUCCUGGAACCGCUUAUCCUUCUCUGGGUUGCGGGGGUUCCAGAGUGUUUCUUAAAAGCUAUGGGUGCAAAGCAGGGAAUAAUCCAAGAUGGGGCACCCACCCAUCACAGGGCACACUCACCCAGGGGCAAUUUGGUAACACCAAUAACCUCAACAUGUUUUUGGAAGGGGGGCUAGGGGAGGGAUCAGAGCAACCGGGGGAAAUCCACAUGACAGCACAGGGAGAACAUGCAAACUCCACACACAUGUGACCCAGGCGGAGACUCGAACCUGGGUCCCAGAGGUGUGAGGCAACAGUGCUAACCACUGCACCACCAUGCCGCCUUGAGAGGAAAAUAUGAAACUUAUUUUAAACAUUAAAUAACAUACAUUUCAAGUAACAGAACAAUACUAGUAAUAAUAUCUGAGAAAUCUAAAGUUAUGGUCUGUGUGUAUGGUUGCUUGUAAUUGCAGAGCCAAUAGCUAUGUGACCAAAACCUUUUCAAUUUUUACUAUUUUCUUACUAAAAUGAAAUGCUGAAAACAUUCAUCCUCCUCACCCUAGUAUGUAAAUAUGUAUAUAUUUCC